CCCAAGCAAAGGACAUUUUAGACAAUUCAUAAAAGCACCGCGUCCGUCAACCCUGGCGGCUCGGGUCUGCUUUUAGACCAUGAAACGCUGCUAAAAACAGUCUUAAUAUCAAAGAAACCCUCAGGAAAAUUCCUCCUCUUCUCUUACUCCUUUCUGAUCUCUCACCUACUAAAAGCCCCCUUCCACUCUCCUCUUUCUUUCUCACCAAACACUCUCACUAUGGAUUCAGACCAAGGAAUUCCCAGCAAUGAAUACUACAGCAAAGGCUAUUCUUUAAGCGGUAGGAUUAUGCUAACCGCGAUUGUUAUCCUCUUCUUUGUGAUAAUUAUGACUGCUUGUCUCCACCUCUACGCCCGCUGGUACCUCCUCCAUGCUCGCCGCCGUCAAGUUCGCCGUGCCCGGAGCCGUCGCACUAAUCUCAUAUUUUAUGUUGAUCCCUCCAACCCCGCAGCCGCCCAUAUUACCAUUCCCUCCCGUGGACUGGAUGCUGCAGUUCUAAAGUCGCUGCCGGUAUUUGUUUAUUCUUCCAAAACUUACCCAGAUUCGAUUGAGUGUGCCGUUUGCUUAUCCGAAUUCGAAGAGAACGAAAAGGGCCGGAUCUUACCCAAAUGCAACCACAGCUUCCAUAUUGAGUGCAUCGACAUGUGGUUCCAUUCUCACUCCACUUGUCCUCUCUGCCGCUCCCCUGUUGAACCCGUACCUGAAAAAUCUGCCCAGUUAGAUUCCUCGAUGAAUGUUACUGAAAACGGUUCCAGCUCCGAUUUAAGCGCCACCUGCCAGCAUGAGGAAGACCAUGUGGGUGCAUCUACUUCGUCUUUUGGGGGUCGAAGGAAACCAGCGGAACUGGUGGGUGUGACAAUAGAAGUACCCAGAAGAACUGGUAAUUUCGAAGACGAGUUAGUGACCGAGUCACCGACUUAUAGAUCGCCGAUGAGUCGUAUGUUGUCUUUUAGGAGGAUUCUGAGCAGAGAAAGAAGAGGUAAUAUGUCUCCCUAUUCAGGGAAUCCAACGAGUUAUGUUGGGUUAGUGAGCGAGUCAGACCUGGAAAGAGGCAGAGAUGAGGCAAACUCAGUGGUGUGAGCAAAGUGUCACGUCGUGUGUACACCAGAGGGCGUUGAAUGAGAAACAUCCGGGUACCGUCAGCUGUAGCUAGACUCGACUCGGUUGGAAGCGAUUAAUAUUAGAAGAGGGCGAUUGAUGUGCAGGUGGCAGUGGAUGGGCCCUGCCGUAAAAAUUCAUGCCAGCGUUGGUUGCCUGUGUAUAAUUUCAUAGCAUUUAUUGAUUUUUUUUAAUUAUAAUAUUAAAAUCUUUUUUUAAAAA